ACGGACGACAAGUGCAGGAGCACCGCGGAGGGCCAGCAGCUGCCAGAGGCUUCUAGAAAAAACGUGCACCGGGACAGUCACCGGCAACAAAUCUGCCAUCCGCACACAGCUCUACACGUUAAAUAUUUCGGAAAAAAAUGGCUAAAUGGGGAGAAGGGGACCCUCGUUGGAUCGUAGAAGAGAGAGCCGACGCGACUAAUGUCAACAACUGGCACUGGACUGAACGAGAUGCAACAAACUGGUCGUCCGACAAAUUAAAAUCCCUCCUCCUCGGUUUGAUCGUGGAGAACGAGGAGGGGAGCUGUGAGGUGACAGAAGUCGCCAAGGUGGAAGGAGAGGCCUCCAUUAACAACCGUAAAGGGAAACUCAUUUUCUUUUAUGAAUGGAACCUGAAAGCUACUUGGACUGGAGUGUCGAAAGCAGGAGUCAAGUAUACAGGAUCCAUUGAUGUCCCAAACCUUUCGGACGAGAACGACAUGGAGGAUCUGGAUAUCUCUGUGUCGUUGAAUAAAGAUGAACCUGAAACACCCCUCACCAAGCUGAUGAGGACAAAAGGAGCUGACAAUAUCCGCCAGGUCCUGGGAAGCUACGUUGGUUACUUGAAAACAGAGUUCACACAGGGAAUGAUCCUGCCUACAGCCAACGGUGUGGCCAAGACCACAACAUCGCAGUCCAAAGCCAAGCUGAAUAAAACUCAGAUUUCCUCCUCAGGCAGCACAGUUGCUCCGAUCAACACCGGCGUCAAGAUCCCUACCUGCAAGUUCAGCAUGAGGGAAAAGUUCCUCACCUCCCCGGCUGAUCUCUACAGGGUCUUCCUCAACCAGGAUAUGGUUCAGGCGUUCACGCACGCUCCAGCGUCAGUGGACGGAGAGAAAGGCGGAAAGUUUCGUCUGCUAGAUGGAAAUGUUUUCGGUGAAUUCACAGAUCUGGUUCCUGAUGAGAAAAUAGUUAUGAAGUGGAGGUAUAACAACUGGCCUGCUGAGCAUUACUCUACGAUCUCCAUGACGUUCAAGGACCGCAGCAGCGAGACGGAGCUGAAGGUGGACUGUCGAGGCGUCCCCGACAACGAGGAGGACCGCACGAAAGAGGGCUGGAAGAGAUACUACUUUGAAGCUAUUAAACAGACUUUUGGCUUCGGAUCUCGACUCUACUGAAGACGUUUCAACUGUAGUCUACGGUUUUUUUUCCUCCUCAAUUUUGAAAUUUUUAAAACUUCUUGUCCUGUGAUCUCUCUGGCACAAGAUGUCCCAUUGUAAACUCUGAAGCACGAGUUGAAGAGAUAAUGAGGUGAGGCCGUUCUGUCACUCGUCUGUGUAAAUGUUUUAAUUUCUUUCAACGUAUUUAAGUCUAGAUUUCUCUCGAUCAGUGUUUGGGUCAGUUCAAAAGAGAGGGAUUCAUGGACUGUGCCUUGGAGACUCUGGAUUGAAUAAAGCAAAAUAUUAAUCUAUUGAACCACUAAUGCAAAUUGGCCUCCAAGUCUAUAAAUAUGUAAUUACUGCAAGACUGAAAAUAAAUGUUUGGAUUUUCUUUUACUUGAAAAAAAAUAAAUGCUUUUUUUAAUACAUAUUUUACUCUUCAAGUGUAACUGUAGUGAAGAUGCAUGUUUUAUUUAAGACAGACGGAGGAAUGACUACUGGAUAUGCAUUUACUGAAAUGUGUCACUGAGCUAAGCAGAACUUUACCUUUCUGGUAUUUCAUUAAAGUCAUCACAGGAUCAACUGGGAGCUUCAGCGCAAAUCAUUUAAAGUAUUGGAAAGUGAAAUCAGGUUCCUCUCUUCACGCAGCUAGCUAGCAUAGCAACUCAAGAGAGAAGUAUUGCUGUAUUUGGCUUAAAUGUCAAUUUCCAGUAAAGUUUUCAGAACAAA